GGGACAUUCUCUGGGUCCAGGAGAACCGAGGGCCCCCUCGAGGAGGAGCGAGCAGCGCGUCACACUUCGGGAGAUCUUUGGACUUUGUUGUUCUCAGUCGCGCCGACGCCUUCGCGGAGAUGACACAAAAGUGAACAGUCGUCGGCUCGAUCGACCGGAUCCAGUGAAGUUUAGACGUCUGACUGGUCUGUUUUUUUUGUGUUGUUUUUUGUUUGUUUGUCUUUUUCGUGCCACGUUGGAGAUCACGCGGCGCGAUGCGCUGCAGCGGAUCCUCGCGCUCCUUCGUGCGCGCUCACAGCUGCGCCCCCGCCGAAAAGUUACUCUAAAAGUUGUCUUCCCCUUGUCCACCAGAUACUCACACCUAUCUAUUUAUAUAUUUGUAAUAACUUGACCGGCUCAGACCCCCCCCCUCACGCCCCACGCCCCAGCAUGCUGGACUGACGUCCGAGGAAUGGCAUCGGCCGUGUUCGAAGGCACGUCGCUGGUCAACAUGUUUGUCCGGGACUGCUGGGUCAACGGGAUCCGGAGACUCAUCAUCAGCCAGCGGGGGGAGGAAGAGGAGUUCUUCGAGAUCAGGACCGAGUGGUCGGACCGGAACAUCUUAUACUUGCAUCGGAGCUACGCCGAUCUGGGUCGGCUGUUUAGAAGACUGCUGGAGUCCUUCCCCGAGGACCGAGGAGAGCUGUCCAAGUCUCCGCUGAUAGAAGUGCUGGUAAAAAUCAAAGAGGCCAGCGAUAUUGAGGAGAAAUUGAACGAGGUGGAAGGACUGCUGAAGAACGCCAUCACCAUGCCGUGCAAGUACUCCAGGUCGGAGGUCAUGUUGACUUUCUUUGAGCGAUCGCCUCUGGACCAGGUGCUGAGGAACGACAAAGUCCACCGAAUCCAGCCGUGCUUCCAGAGUCCGAUCAAAAUAUCAGAAAUCAUGCGGUCGAAUGGGUUCUGUCUGGCCAACACGGAGACCAUCGUGUUUGACCACAGCCCCCCCGAAGACAAAGAGAGACCCUCCUCCACCGACUCCGUGGAACACACGUACGACGACGGAACAGAGUUUUCGCCGCUGGAGGAAGACCUGUGCGAGGAGGAGACGGAAGCGUACGUCACCAACCUCUCCUACUACCACCUGGUGCCCUUUGAAACCGACAUCCUGGAGUGAAGCAGCGGCGCCCGCUGAAGGACGCCUGGUGGAACGCGUGCUCUCUUUUGGUUUGGAAGCCGCCGCCGCACGCGGCUGCUUUCGGAAACGCCGCUCAUCGCCGGUUUGGUAAAAUGUUGGAGAAAAAAAAAAAAUACCGUUGCCGCUUUCGAGCGACGUCACCAGCGCGCCUCGUGAACGGGGGGGCGUUCCGGAAAACAAACGCGUGCCGGGCCCGCACGAGGACUUUAAACCCGCUUCGCUCGCGCAGCAACAAGGAGGCUUCAUCGAAGGGGGAGAGGGCCGCAACUCAAGCUGCACCCGCUGUGUCACUGGAGAACGCAGCUGAACCAACCAGCCAGCACUCUGGUGGAGGAACUGUUUCGUUCGUAAAAUCAAGCGAGAAUAUUAGGAUUUUAAUGCUAAAUAGACUAAACAUACAAUAUACAGUAAAUGCGUGUGUUUAGCCUGGUUUUUGGAUUAAUGUCACAACUCGAUGCUGCCUUUUUUGAUGUCUCAGAUUGUUUUUUAAUUUGAUUCGGUCUGAAUUAUAACUUGUAACCUGUGUUCGGAAGGUAUCUGGCUGUUUGUUUCAUGUUUAUAAAGGAAAAUAAUUUGACGUGCCAGAGCGGGGAAAGAUUGUCAAGCGGAUCGUCUCUCUUCGCUGUCGGCGCCGCGUGAGCAGGGCUGAAAUGGGCCAGAGAAAGCUUUGUUUUAUGGGUCAUCUGAGGUCAUAUGUGACCUGUUGUGUAAGAGGACGCGGUGUGGGUUCAGCCCUGCGAAGCCGACUGUAAGUCUUGCUGAACGUGGGAGUCUGCGGCUCGGGAACAAGUCCACUCUUUUAUCUCGUAACAAGACAAACGAUCUCGCUGUACAAAAAGGAAAAAGAGAGUCUGGGAACCAAUCAAAACCGGGGUCACUUUCACUUCUCACAGUGCCUCGCUUAAACUGUUCGACUCGUCGGAGCACGGCGCGUCUUGAAUGCAAGUGAAAAGAUGAACAAAAUCUCCAUUUGCAAUGUGGGCAAACGGCUUGCGUCCGCUUUUCCUGCCCCCCCCCCCCAGAAAGCAUUGGACCCUGACCACUGGGCUGAGACAGGACGAUCCUCCGCGUGAGACUGUUUAGUAACACAGUCAUGAUCCCUUUUCAAGUGCAGCUCCUUCUCACCGCGAGAAACUAUUUCUCUCUUCUUUGUUGUUUUUCUCUUUUCUCCGUGAAUGACGUCUACGGUCGAGGGAUGUUUUUGGGGCGGAAAUGUCACCGCUGACAAAGUCCCUGAAUACUUAAUGGCGGGGAUCGAUACCAUUCAAUAGAAGGGAACUGGAAAUGUUGUAUUUAAAUUUGCAUACCACGGUCAAAUAGUCUCUCUGUCAGAGAAUUAGUGUUUACUAAAUGCUGUAUGAGAGCUGUGUCUAUCUGAGGACCGUCUGCAGGCUGAAGUAACGUAUUAUAAAUAUUCUGCAAAGGACACUCUGACACGCUGAUUUACAGAACAUAUCAAUAUGCCAAUCAUGCCAGCAGUAGUUAGAAGAUACACAGGAGCCCCGUGUGACAUUAAAUGAAAAUAAUAUUACACAAAAUACUUUAUUUAUUCUCUAAACCUCUGCCACCAUUUUAUGACUUGUAACUUCAUUUUUGAUGCGCUCAUGUAAUGUGGGAUUAUUUUGGUGUGUGUACAUGUAUUCAAAAGGCUUGAAUGAAAAUAAUAAUUAUAACCUUUUGAAAAAGUAGCUCAUGUGGUAACAUAAUUUUAAAGCCAUUCAGCCAGUCUUAAUGCACAUUAAUAUUCUUAAAACAAUAUUUUUUGUAAUGUUUAAAAAUAAAUGUUCAUGUAUUA